GGGAAGAAGAAGGAGCAAGAAGAAAUAUCAAAGUUUUCUAAAAUCCUGAGUGAAAAACGCAGCAGCAACUUCUUCGUAAAUUCUGUAAUUCUCUAUUCAUUUUCUCGAAUUCUUUAUUAUACCAAAAUCGUAGCCCCGGAUGUUACGAAUCCAACCCAACAAACGGUUCGUGAUUCCGUUAAGUAACGAAGGAGAUAUCGCCAAAAUACCGGGACUGCGUCGGUGGUGACGAGUUCCACGGGUUGGCUAUGUUUUCUUCAUCAUAUCCAUAUCUUUCAUUCAAAGUGCUUACCAUAAAACUCAUAUUUUCUUUUCCAAUCAUUCUCUCUUGUUGGAAGAUUCAUUCAAGCAAAGAAAAGAGGAAGAACUUCAACUCCAUUGGUGAAACAAGAAGAAGAAAUCAUCAUAAGUUUCUUCAAAAUCCUAGCAGCAGCAAACCGUCAUCUUGAACUCCUAGAGAGUAUUGUAGAGAAGACCCGACGUUGGAAGCUUGAAGUUGAUAGAGGUGUCCGUACGUUGAACGUUCGUUGAGGCGUAUACUUUAUUCCUAUCACUUCCGUAUUCAAUGUUAUCAAGGCGAGUACAUUGCACCCUAGUAACGCAAUCCUUGGUUGAAUAACAAUCUAGAUAUAUCGAUAGGAUUGAUUGCCAUAUUAUAAGUCAUUUGUGCUGUAACAAUACUGAUCAUGGAGCCCAUCCCGGAGGUCAAUGAGAGUGACGAGAUGUACGGACUGGUGGACCACAUUUAUGAUGUUUUAAUUAAAUAAAUACCUUUUCGGGCGAGAACCCAGAAAAAUGUAAAACAAUUUGAUUAUGUUUUAUACUUAAGCUUCCGCAUUGUUUCAGCAAUACUCUGAAUUUAAUAUUUGAAAUUAUCAUUUAUAUUAAAGUUUAAAUUGGUUUUAAAUUAUUCCUCAAAUUGUUAUGCGUAUUUACCAUCAUGAUGCCGCCUAUGAUUGGUGGAAGCGAGUAGGCGCCAACAUUCCCGUGCCGGUACCAUGGGAUACCUUCGAGCCACUUUUCAGAGCAGAAUAUGUGCCCGAUCACUACGUCGAGGCCAAAUAUGAGGAAUUCUCAAAUUUCACUCAGGGGAAGCUGACUCUCCCCGAGUACCGUCAGCAAUUUGACGGAUUGGCCGAGUUUGGUAAAGACUUGGUCAACACCAUGGAGAAGCGCUGCAAGAAGUUCAUCAAGGGUAUGAGGCCAGACCUGUCGUCAACACUCAUAAUUGCUCCCCGAGCCGACAUCAACGAUGUCUAUAAGAAAGCUCUUGAGUUGAACGAGGAACUCAUCAGGAAAGCUGCGUAUGAACAGGCACUAUUGGCAGAAAGUCAGGCCGUCCAUUCUGGCCCGAAGAUGGGGCAUGGUAGCAAGAGGACCUUCUCCGCACCGAGCAACUCUCGCCAUGAUAAGCGAGCGAAAUCUACUCCCUCUACAUCUGUGGCCGUCACUAGUAAGAACGGGCAAGAGAAGAUGACAUACCGUAAUCCAGUAUGUCCACACUGUAACCGCAGACAUGCUGGUGAGUGUUGGCUUACACAGGGUCUUUGCCUCGAGUGUGGUCAGGCAGGUCACUUUCGGGAGGACUGCCCGACGAACCCAGGCAAGGUUUUCUCCACAGCACCAAGCACGCCAGGUGUUUCUACUGUUCAGCGGGCCAUGCCUACCCAGAGUCAUCGUUCUACGGCCGCGUCCAACCAACCAAAGAAGCCAGCAACUAGUCAACAGCAGGGACGAGCACCAGCUCGUACGUAUGCCAUGCAAGGGCGUACAGAUCCACAUGCUAAUGAUGUCAUCAUGGGUAUGUUCACUUUAUUUGAUAUCACUGUAUCUGCAUUGAUUGACCCUGGAUCUACCUUAUCAUACAUAUGUGUACCUAUGCCUGUUACAUCUGACGUUGCUAAGGAAACUCUUGAGCAUCCGGUAGUUGUGUCGAACCCACUGGGACACAGCCUACGUCUCCAACAUGUCUAUAAUCAAUGUCCGUUGUUGGCUCAAGGAAAGGUAUUCUUAGCUGAUCUCAUUGAACUCCCUCACAAGGAGUUUGACGUUAUACUUGGCAUGGACUGGUUGACAAAACACCAGGCUAUUGUCGAGUGCAAGGAACGAGUGGUGAAACUUCAUACAGACGACGGUAACGAAGUGAUCAUUCGGGGAGAACUUCUACCGAAAACUCCAGAAUUCAUCUCUUUUAUACAAGCAAAACGGCUCAUUCGCAGGAAAUGCGAAGCAUUCUUGUGCACUGUUAAGGAUAUACGAAAGGAAACACCUAACCAUAAGGACAUAUCUGUGGUUUGUGAUUUUCCUGAUGUAUUCCCUGAGGAACUUCCAGGAUAUCAUUUCAGCACAACAUCAAGAUACCUUUUGUCUCGAGACACAUUCAUUCAAGCAAAGAAAAGAGGAAGAACUUCAACUCCAUUGGUGAAACAAGAAGAAGAAAUCAUCAUAAGUUUCUUCAAAAUCCUAGCAGCAGCAAACCGUCAUCUUGAACUCCCAGAGAGUAUUGUAGAGAAGACCCGACGUUGGAAGCUUGAAGUUGAUAAAGGUGUCCGUACGUUCGUCGAGGCGAAGCGAGAAGAGUUUCUUAAGUUCACCCAGGGUGAACUCACUUUACCCGAGUAUCGUCAGAAGUUUGACGAACUCGCGGGGUUUGGGCAGGACAUUGUACCGACCGUGGAGAAGCGGUGCAAACGCUUCGUAGAGGGCUUACAUCCCGACCUUUCAGCUCAUCUGAUCAUACCUCCUCGGAGUGACAUCAACGCGUUGUACAAGAAUGCGUUGGACUUGAAUGUGGCCCUCGUCAAGAAGGCAGAGUUUGAGCACUCAGGAGAGUGUUGGUUCACUCAGGGCCUAUGCCUUGGGUGUGGCCAGGCCGGGCAUUUCUGUAGAGAUUGUCUGAACAAUCCGGGUGAGGCAUUCUCAUCUGCACCAGCUGCCUCCGCUCCACUAGCGCAGCCCGCCCAGAGCCAGAAAUCUGCGGCAGCAUCUAGUCAGCCCAAGCAGCAAGCAUCUGGCGCCCAGGCGGGGAAGGCCCCGGCCUACACUUACGCGAUGCGAGGACCAUUGAUUGAUCCGGGUUCCACUUUGUCAUAUGUUUGUAUGCCUAUGCCUGUUAUGCCUAAUAUUCCGAGGGAAGACUUGGAUAACCCGGUAAUUGUGUCUAACCCAUUGGGACACAGUCUGCGACUCACCCACGUGUAUCACGACUGCCCAUUAGUGGUCCAGGGGAAAACUUUUCCUGCAAGUCUCAUUGAGCUUCCACAUCGUGAGUUCGACGUUAUUCUAGGCAUAGAUUGGCUCACUGCCAACCAAGCCGUUGUUGACUGUGGAGCGCAUACUCUUCGGCUGAGAGCCGAAGGCGGUAGUGAUGUUUGGAUCCGUGGUGAGCUUCUUCCGAAAGCUCUAGAAUUUAUUUCAAACAUCCAUGCCCGCCGACUCAUUCGCAAGAAGUGCGAAGCAUUCUUGUGUACAAUGCGUGACACUCGCCGGGAGGCACCUAGUAGGGGAGACAUCCCUACGCCUACAUUACAGCAGCAAAUAGCAUCAGCCCAGAGCAGCGAUGAUUUCUGUAUCCAGAUCGUUGAGCUCGUCUCUCGAGGAGAGAAGUUAGAUUUCGCAGUUCGGGAGGGUAUCUUGUACUAUCGGGAGCGUAUGGUUGUGCCAGCAGGGGAGAUUCACUCCUCAGCUUUUGCUGAGCGUGUAGUUGUUUCUGCUACACGCAGGGUUGUAUUUGAUCAGGUGAUGGCGUUUGUAGCGGAAAAAUUCAAGAAGAACAAGAAUGGUCUUCCAUACCCUCUAUUGAUCUACAACAUACUGAAGGACCAGGGAUUGGAAAAAGAAGAAAAUGAAGACGAAGAGACCAUUCCUCCCUUGCUGCAAGUUGAUGCAAGACACUUUGAAGGAAGCCAUUUCAAUGACAUGGCUGCUGCUGGAGCUUCCUCAGCAACGACAUCAAAUCCAGCCUCAGUAGAUCACCAGCUCAGCUUUCUUGAAAAGGAGAUCAAAUCCCACCAAAUGGAUGCAGAUUAUCAUCAUGAAAUUGCUCAAAGAUCAACUGAAAGGAUGAAUGUGCUCAUUCAGAUUGCACACACCCUGAGGCAAACAAGGCAUGCACAGAGUAAGGGGGAGAAACUAGCUAAACAAAAGGCAGUUGCUUCACAUUCAGACACAGAAGAAGAUGUACAAGAAGAUAGUGCAAAGGAGACUUCAUUAUCAGAAUCAGCAGGAGCCUCACAGAAAUCAUCAGAUGGUGCCAGUUCAGAGGAGUAAACAUUGUCUUACUGAUAAAAUGUUGCUCUAAGACAUUUUUUUGGAAGGGUUGUUCUCCCUGUUUUUUUAUGAUGCUGACGACAUUGCCUGGUUUUUGUUCAACUUAUCUGUGACCUGUGGAGAGAUGGUUUUAUUCUCUAUGUUCUCUAUGAAGCUCUGGUUAUGACUUAUUU